UGCGUCGGGCCCCGAGGGCGCGGCGGGCAACGGGACCCUGACCCAGCGGCCCUGAGUUGGAGCCCCCUGCCCCGGGCUCCUCGAACCCGAGCCUGCACUGGACCUCGGGCUAUAGGCGGCUCCGCAUGCGGCAACGCAUUUAGGGAGAUGCUGCAGGACAAGGGCCUGUCGGAGAGUGAGGAGGCCUUCCGGGCCCCGGGCCCCGCGCUCAGCGAAGCCAGCGCCUCCGCCAGCGCCCCCAGCGCCCCGGAUCCCGUGCUGGCAGCUCCGGGCCUCGGCGGAACAGCGCUCGGCAGCCCCGCCGGCCCCUGCGGCGACAUUGCGGCCGCCGCCACCGCGGAGCAGACCAUCGAGAACAUCAAGGUGGGUCUGCAUGAGAAGGAGCUCUGGAAGAAGUUCCACGAGGCCGGCACCGAGAUGAUCAUCACCAAGGCCGGCAGGAGGAUGUUCCCCAGCUACAAGGUAAAAGUCACAGGGAUGAACCCCAAGACCAAGUACAUCCUGCUGAUCGACAUCGUCCCUGCAGAUGACCACCGCUACAAGUUCUGUGACAACAAAUGGAUGGUGGCAGGUAAGGCUGAGCCCGCCAUGCCGGGAAGGCUGUAUGUCCACCCGGAUUCUCCUGCCACAGGAGCCCACUGGAUGCGGCAGCUGGUCUCCUUCCAGAAGCUGAAGCUGACAAACAACCAUCUGGACCCCUUUGGCCAUAUCAUCCUCAAUUCCAUGCACAAGUACCAGCCGCGACUACAUAUUGUGAAGGCUGAUGAGAACAACGCUUUUGGCUCCAAAAACACAGCUUUCUGCACCCACGUCUUCCCAGAGACAUCCUUCAUUUCUGUGACCUCCUACCAGAAUCACAAGAUCACACAGCUGAAGAUUGAGAACAACCCCUUUGCCAAGGGUUUCCGGGGCAGCGAUGACAGUGACCUGCGUGUGGCCCGGCUGCAGAGCAAAGAAUAUCCUGUGAUCUCCAAAAGCAUCAUGAGGCAGAGGAUUGUGUCCAGCCAGCUGUCAGCCAAGCCCGAUGUCAGCCCUCUGCACGGUGCCCACCAGGCUCUCCAGCACUACCAGUAUGAGAACGGGGCUCACAUGCAGUUUGCAGCAGCUGAGCCCCAGGACCUUCCUCUCAACACCUUCCCAGCCCAGAGGGAUUCCAGCCUCUUCUAUCACUGCCUGAAGAGACGAGCAGACAGUGCCCGCCACCUGGACUUACCCUGCAAGAGAUCCUAUCUAGAAACUCCCUCUGCAGUGGGGGAGGAUCAUUAUUUCCGGUCCCCGCCUCCUUACGACCAGCAGAUGCUGAGUCCCUCCUACUGCAGUGAGGUGACACCACGGGAAGCCUGCAUGUACUCGGGUUCAGGGCCUGAGAUCGCCGGAGUGUCAGGGGUGGACGACUUGCCCCCGCCCCCCCUGAGCUGUAACAUGUGGACGUCGGUCUCCCCAUACACCAGCUACAGCGUUCAGACCAUGGAGACUGUGCCUUACCAGCCCUUCCCCACGCACUUCACUGCUACCACCAUGAUGCCUCGGCUGCCGGCCAUCUCUGCUCAGAGCUCCCAGCCACCGGGGAACACCCACUUCAGUGUCUACAAUCAGCUCUCCCAGUCUCAGGUCCGAGAGCGAGGCCCCGCUAGCUCGUUCUCCCGGGAGCGGGGCCUCCCGGCAGUGUGCGAGAGGAAGCCACCCUCACCACACCUGAAUGCUGCCAAUGAGUUCCUCUACUCUCAGAACUUUCCCUUGUCCCGGGAAGCUUCCUUACAGUAUCAUUCAGGGAUGGGGACAGUGGAGAACUGGACUGAUGGGUGACUGCCAGGUCCCCGUCAACAGCCCCAGGACCAUGUUAAUCCAGCACUAACCUCUGCGGGUGGCCUGCAGUACCAACAAACACAGGAAGGUAUUUCAAAGGGUGGUGUGCAUGUGUAGUUUGUGAGUGUGUGUGUGGUGUGUAGAAGAUCUAUCUUUGACAUACAACUGAGGCCGUGACAAGAGGUAAAAAGAAACCCACAAUCAUCUAGAAAGUGAUUCUGGCUGCAGCACCUGGGUCCAAUUGUUGCUUGGCUUCUCCUGAUAUGCCAGUGAGUAAGAUGGGAGUGAGGAAUCCCUGUGAGUUAUUUAGAACUUUUUAUAAUACAAUCUCUGAGCCACUCAGGGGCCAGGUCUCCCCCACAAGGUUGUGGGGCAGGUUCCCAUUACUGGGAUGAGAGGACUCUGUGUAUAUCUUAAGAGUCUCUGGCCUUCUGUUUGCAAGGGGACCUGGGAAUCUUUGUGGGAAGGAGCUAAAGCCCCACUCCUUUGGCUUCUGAAAACUCUGAGUCUCACCCCAGAGAAGGGCUCAGCUAAGCCAUAAUGGGGACUCUGAGUGAAGAGCUGACUGCUUGCUCAAGUUAGUGGCCUGGAAACCGAUUCUUGGAGCUCUGUGCCCCAAGGGAUGACUUUCAGAGAAGGUCACUUAUGUGGUAAAGUGCUAUCCAAUGGGUAUUUUAAAAAGUUAUUAUUAUUUCCUUGAAAAGAAGGGAAAAUGCAGCCAGUAAGCUCUCUGUCAUCAUUCAGGUUUUGUCAUACAGUCCAAAGCCCCCACUCUCCACGCUUUCACUCUUUGUGGUCUGCAAGACAUGGUCCCUCCAGCACUAUCUGCAUCUGAGGACUGGCAGUCAUGGAGCAAGCUUCACCUGGCAACACCCCUGGGCCCACUGCCAGGCAAACCCCAAGCCCAUCCUUGUCCUAGAAAGCCCACACCGCUGGAGCAAGAGAGCCCAACAGAAAGAAAAAGCAAAGAUUGAGAAAACAAUCUUUUCUUCUACCACACUCAGCCAGUGAGCUCAGAGGAGCGAAGGAGGAUGGAUACUCCAGGGAGGUGGACCUUGCAGCCCUCAGCCCGGCCCCUUACCAUUGAACGUCACCAGACCAUCUGAGUGGCUGGUGUGAACUCUGUAAUAGAAUUUGGGAGAUAACUAAAUUUUUUGCAUGCUGAAUAUCUAUUUAUGUUAUAUAAAUAAAUAUAUAUAUAUAUAUAUCUCACAAAUGCAGGCCACAUGUCAAAAUCCAGCUUUGCUUUUUUUUUUUUUUUUACAAAUGAAUAAACUUAAUAAAAAUGAGCAUCGGAAGGGAGAUUUGGAAAGACAUCUAUUUAAAUUUUUAUCAUGUUUGAUGUUAAAGACUAAGAAUGGUUUAGAUAAAGCAUAUAAAUAAAUAAAUAAAUAUAUAAAAUAUAUAAACACACACACUGCAGAUUAAACUUUAUUAGGAGACACAUUAGUUAA